CGAAAGCGAAGCCCAGUUGAGAUUAAAGGGGGAAAAUAAACCCAAACCACUCGCCGAACAGUACACCAACCCCCACCCCCCAUCCCCGCCGCCCCUGACCGGCGCCAUGGCCGCCGCCGGAGAGCGGCGCCUCCUCGUCGGCCUCCUCCUCCUGGCCCUGAUGGUCUCGGCGCACUGCCUGGACGGCGCGGGCCACCACGGCCCGCGCGUGAAGCGGCGCCGCAAGAAGCGCGAGAUCCACUCCCCCGUCAAGACGGUGGUGGUGGUGGUCAUGGAGAACCGCAGCUUCGACCACGUCCUCGGCUGGCUCCGCGCCUCCCGCCCCGACAUCGACGGGCUCACCGGCACGGAGUCCAACCGCCUCAACGCGUCCGACCCCUCCUCCCCGGAGAUCUUCGUCACCGACAAGGCCGGCUACGUCGACUCGGACCCCGGCCACGGCUUCGAGGACAUCCGCGAGCAGAUCUUCGGCUCCGCCGACACCUCCGCCGUGCCGCCCCCCAUGUCGGGCUUCGCGCAGAACGCGCGCGGGAUGGGCCUCGGCAUGGCGCAGAACGUCAUGAGCGGAUUCGCGCCCGACUCCGUCCCCGUCUACGCCGCCCUCGCCGACGAGUUCGCCGUCUUCGACCGCUGGUUCGCGUCGGUGCCCACCUCCACCCAGCCCAACCGGCUCUUCGUCCACUCGGCCACCUCCCACGGCCUCACCUUCAACGCGCGCAAGGACCUCAUCAACGGCUUCCCGCAGAAGACCAUCUUCGACAGCCUCGAGGAGGACGGCCUCUCCUUCGGCAUCUACUACCAGAACAUCCCCGCCACGCUCUUCUACCAGAGCCUGCGCCGCCUCAAGCACCUCCUCAAGUUCCACCAGUACAGCCUCAGGUUCAAGCUCGACGCCGCCAGGGGCAAGCUGCCCAAUUACGUCGUCAUCGAGCAGCGCUACUUCGAUUGCAAGGAAUUCCCCGCCAACGACGACCACCCGUCGCACGACGUUGCCAGGGGACAGAGGUUUGUCAAGGAGGUCUACGAGACGCUGCGGGCGAGCCCGCAGUGGAACGAGACGGCUCUCAUCAUCACCUAUGAUGAGCAUGGUGGCUUCUAUGACCAUGUCCCCACGCCCGUCGUCAAAGUGCCUCAGCCUGAUGGGAUUAUUGGCCCUGACCCUUACUACUUCAAGUUUGAUCGGCUCGGGGUGCGCGUGCCCAGCUUCCUCAUCUCACCCUGGGUUGAGAAGGGCACCGUGAUCCAUGAACCAAAUGGUCCUGAGGGAACCUCACAAUAUGAGCAUUCAUCCAUCCCUGCGACAGUAAAGAAGCUAUUUAAUUUACGUGCUAACUACCUGACAAAGAGGGAUUCAUGGGCUGGGACCUUUGAGAGCUACCUCAAAGUCCGAAAGACACCAAGAACUGAUUGUCCAGAGAAACUCCCAGAGGUUACAAAGUCCCUGCGACCAUUUGGUGCUAAUGAAGAUAAAUCUCUAUCGGAGUUUCAAGUGGAGUUGAUUCAACUUGCCUCUCAGCUCAAUGGUGACCACGUGCUCAACAGCUAUCCGGAUAUUGGCAAGACGAUGAGUGUAGGCGAAGCAAACCGCUACGCAGAGGAUGCUGUCUCCAGAUUCCUGGAGGCUGGAAGGAUCGCUCUUAGGGCUGGUGCAAACGAAUCUGCUCUGGUGACAAUGAGGCCCGCGCUCACCAGCAGAGCCGCAAUGUCCACCGGCUUGUCAUCUGAACUCUGAUGGACUGUUACUGGAUACUGCCAACAGAUUCUGCAUCACGAUUACCGGCGCUACAUGGGCUGCAAGAGUACGGUAGCAUUUAUGUAAUGGGUAUUAGAUCUUGCACAUGGAUUUUUUGUACAUAUACGCCAUGAUACUUCGUAUCUGAAGCUUACUUCAGCGGGCCCUCGUGGUUUACGCUCAGGAGUAUCACCCAACGACGCACCAGAUGCAUGCCAAAUUCCCCUUCCGGAUAAGCUGUAGCUGGUGUUGUACCUAUUCAGCUCUCUACUGUACCUGCUUGUAUAGCAGUUGAACUGCAUCGUAAGGAGUAUUGUACUAUGAAUGAUUGUUGGAUUUGGCCACCUGUAA